AUGAAUUACCCAACUACUAACCCUACUAAAACCGGCCUUGAUGUCAAACCACUCUCGAAAGUUUCCCUAUCCAGCAUUUCAUUCUUUCCCGACCCCUUAGCGAAACGAAAACGAACUCAACCAGGCCGUGGACGAACGAAGGAGGAUGGGGUGACGGCAUAUGGCGAAAGCGAUUCUCACGCACAUCGUGCUGAGUGUCGCACACCGCAAGUGAAUGGCUGGGCCCGUCGACGACCCAGCGCUGGCGACGGUCUCGUGCUUCGCCUUUUCUCACAUCCCUUCUUUUGUACUCUUUUCACUUUUUGGAACUUCUCGGAUGUUUGGGAUUUUGGAGUGAAUUCUAUCUAUUACAACCAA